AUGAGAGAUGAAAUUGCAACGGCAGUUUUUUUUGUCACAAGAUUGGUGAAAAAACACGAGAAAUUGAGUGCACAACAGAUAGAAGCCUUUGCACUAAAACUGAUGACCAUCUUGUUUGAAAAGUACAGAGGUCAUUGGCACCCUGACUGUCCUUCUAAGGGACAGGCUUUCAGGUGCAUCAGGAUAAACAACAAUGAGAAUAAAGACCCUAUAUUAGAAAGGGCUUGUUCUGAGAGUAAUGUGAAUUUUUUUCACCUGGGACUUCCAAAGGAGAUGACCAUAUGGGUUGAUCCCUUUGAGGUGUGCUGUAGGUACGGUGAGAAAAAGGAUCCCUUUACCAUUGCUUCUUUUAAAGGCAGAUGGGAGAACUGGGAGCUAGCUCAGCACAUCAGCUACGCAGUCAGCAGGGCCACUGCCGAUUGCUCAUCUGGAACAUCUUCUGAUGAAGAAAGCUGCAGCAGGCAGCCCCGAGUCAUUCCCAAAGUCAACAACCCCAACAGCAUCUACCAGGUGGAAACCUUCAAACAGUCCUUCCAGCCGUGCUUGUGCCUCCCUCGUAGAAAGCAUUUGGCAGAUGGUCGUGGGGGUGUCUUGGGGGCUGCUUACCACCCAGUGCCCAAGAACCCUAAAUGGUGCCGGCCUGCCGGGCGCCGGGUGGACAGGUACCACUGGGUCAACACACAAUUGUUCAGUGGCCAGGCAGCACCGUGCAAGCUUGAAGGAGAGGCCUUGUCUUCCCUAAAGCAAAAAUGA